AUGCUUAAGCAGGAUUAUGUCCUCCUCUCCUCCCACCAUGAUCGCCUCCCCCUUCACCGUGGACAUCCCCAGCAGUCGCAUAGGACAUUCUGGAGAAGCCUCUUCUUCGUAUUCUCUGCUCUGAUCCUGGUCGGCUUACUAACUCGACAUUCACUCUCUCGUUUCUGUCAUGCCCGCCUUCACCACCAGGGCAGCUCACGACGGCGUGCCCCGUCCAACACACGGAACCCUGCAUAUAUCGUAGAAGCCACCAAUGGCGCGGUCGCCAGCGAGAAUGAGGUGUGUUCCCAGAUCGGCGUCGAUACGCUCAAGCUCGGCGGUAACGCCGUGGAUGCAAUCGUGAGCACGACCUUCUGCAUCGGCGUCAUGAACAUGUUCUCUUCCGGCAUCGGGGGAGGGGGAUUCAUGACCGUGCGCAUUCCCCCCUCUUCCCCAAACGCGUCCUCGGAAGUAUACAGCAUCGACUUCCGCGAGGCAGCACCCGCCGCGGCGAACUCCACGAUGUACGUGAACAACCCGAUCGCGUCGCUCAUUGGGGGUCUCGCCGUCGGCGUGCCUGGCGAGCUGCGCGGGCUACAGGAGGCGCACAAGCGGUGGGGCAGCUUGCCCUGGAGCACCCUCGUCCAUCCCAGCGUCGAGGCUGCGAAAGGAUGGCGAGUCCCCAAAGAACUUGCGCGCAGAAUCCAUAUGCCGGUUUUCUGUGAUUUAAUGCAGGAUAAUUCAGAUUGGAGUUCAAUCUUUGCUCCCGAGGGUAGGCUGCUGGAAGAAGGCGAUAUAAUACGCCGUACGAACCUUUCGCGUACGUUGGGCACGAUCGCAGCCGAGGGUCCGGACGCAUUUUACAAAGGUCCCAUCGCAGACGCCAUCGUGGAGAAAGUUCGCGCUAGUGGAGGCAUCCUGACGCACAAGGACCUCACAGACUAUCGGGUGCGCGUAAAUCGAGCUCUGCAGGGGACAUAUCGGGGCAGGAAAAUCUACACCCCUCAUCCUCCGACAUCUGGCCUCGUGCUAAUGCAUAUGCUGAAUUUAAUGGAACAUUACGACGACCUCACGGAAGAGGGAAGAACCCUACUAAACACCCAUCGUUACAUUGAAGCGAUGAAAUUCGGGUUCGCGGCGAGGACUAAAGUCUCUGAUCCAACUUCCGCUGAUGAUCUAGAUCGUAUGUCUGAGAUUCCGACCAAGAAGUUCGGCCAAGAGAUUUUUGGCAAUAUUACUGACGCCCAAACCCACUCACCUGAAUACUAUAACCCGGUCUACGACGUUGUCGUCGAUCACGGAACGAGUCAUUCAUCCAUAGUCGAUAAGAACGGAAUGGCGGUUGCAUUGACAUCCACUGUUAACUUGGUAUUUGGAUCCCAAGUCAUGGACCCUAUCACAGGUGUGAUCCUGAACGACGAGAUGGAUGAUUUCUCCACGCCCGGCAUGCCAAACGCAUUCGGACUGUAUCCGUCUCCUUACAACUACCCCGAGCCGGGAAAGCGCCCGCUCUCCUCAACCACCCCGACGAUCAUGGAGCACGAGGACGGCUCGUUCUACCUCGCAAUCGGUGGAUCUGGCGGGUCAAAAAUAUUCCCCGCGGUAUUUCAGGUGAUCCUGAACCUCGACUGGGGAAUGGACGUCAGCGCGGCGAUCGAGCACGGACGCCUGCACGAUCAGCUGUACCCGCUGGAGGUCGAGGCAGACAGUGUGUACGACCCGGAGCUGCUGGAAGGGCUCAAGAUUUUGGGACAUAAUGUGACUGUGUCGAACAUCAAUCGCGUCGCGUCUGUCGUGCAGGCAGUCGUGAAGAAGGGGGAUACGAUAUACGCUGCAAGUGAUUCGAGGAAGAACGGGAUUGCUGCGGGAUAUUGA